AUGAACUCUCACGAACAUUGUGGUAACUGUAUUUUGAAACAAUGUACAAGCACAAAUGGCUGUUCAAUGGUUAUUUGCGAGCUUGGCUGUGGCAUGAAACUUCACGAGUGUAAGCUUAUAGACCAUCGCUCAAUCUGUCAGAGUCAAAAAGUACCGUGUGUCAAUUCAUAUUAUGGCUGUUCAAUGGUGCUGAUACGUUCACAGCUUGGUCCCCACAUCCAAAACUGCCCUGCAAGUGUGAUUCAAUGUACAAAAGAAUGGGGAAGAACCCCACUUUACUCUCAGGAGCGUCUAAGAUGGGUACCAUUUGAGCAACCCAACCCUGCACUGGUCAAGGGUUAUUUGGACGUCGAACUUGCUUUACACGAUCAGAAAGUUAUUAACGAGAUAGUCCAAGGACGGUACAAGCAGGGCGUCGCCAGGAAGUGGUCCGAAAGACAUGAUCCGAACGUCAAAUUAUCGUACGAACGUGCUAAGUGUUUUCAAGAAGAAAUAAAGAGUGCUGUUAUUAAUAUAGCAGAUAAUUUUCCAAUGGUUGCAAAACCCUCAUCAGUAGAAAAUUUUAAAUUUAAAAAAUUGGAAGAAAAUGAUGCUGAAUUGUUUGGAGGAAUGGAAAUUGAUUGUCUUGACAAUGAUACUAUCCCAGAAUGCCCUCUGCUUCCAGACACUCGAUCGGGACUAGGACUGAAUCUAAAUAUAGAAAUGACACCAAAAUUUGGACGUCAUAGUUACUUAUAUAAAGUUCCUUGCCGUCAGGUUUUACAGAGACGCGAAUUUCCGUCACAUUUUAGCAACGUUCACGCUGAAAUUCACAGCGGACUUGGAUGGAUAGAGCAAAGAUGCCCAUUGGCACAAUACGGUUGCUCAUUUGUGCAUUACCCACUUCUACCAUCGACUCAAGAAGGUAGCGUUGUGUUUAGUCAAGAUUUAGGAACCUUUGGUGUUAAACCUGUCAAGAUGGCAGAAAAUAUAUCUCAACCAUGUUCCCUCUUGUUUCUCCCGUCCGAACUAGUGGAAGAGAUUUGCAAAUGGUUAGAUGGAUUUAGUCUGAAUAAUUUAAGGCAGACAUGCCGGACGUUGCAUCAUAUUUUGUUACAUCUGGUAAAUAAACAAGGUAUCGUCACUGCUCGAUGGAGGAAACGUGUUUACGAAGAUGGGUCAGCUUCAUGGACGAUAGACAAAAAGGUUUGUUUAUUGAAUCAUUCUAUUACCAUUGCUUGUGUCUAAGGACAAAUUGAGAACAUAUGGUCACAGAUAAAAACAUUGUCAAUACACUUUUCCAGAAAGUUCAUCACUAACGUCUCGUCUCGGUCACAAAAAUGAGGCUACAGCCAUGAUGACCUACUUCCCAGAAACAUGUAUUCUUAUGUGAAACUUUUAUGUUUGUCAUUAUUGUCAAUAGUAUUUAGCAGUUUAAACUGGUCAUUCAAACACAUUUAAGCUUGUGUUGAACAAAUCUUUAAAUUAAGCCUGCAUGGUUCCCACUAGCAGUUCUGUCAGCGAUGUUUACUUCUGAAAAGCAACUCUUUACUUUUGUGUGCAAGCUCACUCAUUUGCAUCCGUCAGGAACACAAAAAUGCCGACAAAAUGGCUAGUGUGAACCAGGCUUAAAUUCCUUGUUACGAACAUUGAAGUUUUACAUGUAAACUUUUCAUCCUUUUGAUGAAAACAACUGCAAAUGUUGUUUUAGGUAAAACAACCUGUCUUCUAUCUUGUCCACUAUCUUGAUAUCUUGUCCUCUCUGCCUAGGUGUGGUCGUUUACAAAAGCUUUCUCAGAAGUGCGGCAGUGGGUGUAUUCAGACGCUCCAGGUCUUCUCGCACAUUUUGAGAAAUGUCCGUUUUACGAAAAGUAUGUGCAUGAGAAAGCCUUUAGAUAUGCCAAAGUUUUUGGACAACUGCCAUUGUCGAUGUAACAGGUCUGCGGUGAUCAAAGUUUCAGCAUUUUUCCUGAAAAGGAUUGUCACUAUCAAAAUUGUCUAGUGUUAGUUCAGCUAGUGUUGAAGGGUUAACAGUGAUCCUAUUUGCCAAUGUGUCUCCCUACUUUAUUAUGCUACUUUGUUCAACAGCAAAUGAAUGAGAUGAUUUUACUUGUCAGGGAGAGAGUGUGCUGAUGCUCAAGGGGUUAAGGGCCAGUUUGUAUGUUCCCGGUGGAACAGGAUGUUUCUAUCCCACCUAGCUAUGGGAUCUUCAGCAACAGUCUUGUCUUGCUGAACCAUAAUUGUAUGCUGCAAACAGGCCAUAAAUGCCCAGGUUAGCACUAUUUUCCAUCCAGCAAACUGACCUGACGUCAUUUUCGGAAGAUAGAAGAGGUGUUAAAUGGCUAUGUAACUAACCCAAACCCGACCCCUACUCCAACCCCUAACCGCAACCCUAACUCUAACCCAAUUAAUAAAAAAAAUUAAAAAACGACUUUAGAGAAUCGAUAGGGCGGUUUGCUGGAUGGAAAAAAGUGCUAACCGAACGCCAUUUCCACUCAAGAAAAUUUCCAAUGAAAGCAAACAAUUUCCUAAAACAGAUCAUUGUUAAAAGUUGAAAAAUUUCAACUUCAAAAUUUUGUUCCGACGGAAAUUUUUACGAACAUUUUACAUUUUAAAUUCACAUUUUACAAUAAUUUUCGUUUUGCAGAAAAUUUUCUUGAGUGUUAGCCAGAAGAUUAAAAAUUUCGGCAAUUUAAUGAAUUGGGAAUUUCAGUUAGCUAGCCUUCGACAUUCAGACCGGAGUGCAUACCGCGAGUGAGUAAAAUAUUGUUUUUAACUCGAGAAGAUGAAAGUCGUAUCUUUAAGCCACCGUGCAAUGUUCUGUCUAUUAUAUAGUCCCAAGCAAAAAGUUGUGAAAUUUCAUGCUCAAGAUAUGGAUAAUAUCUCGCUGUGUAUUUUUCAGUUUAAGUGACGUUCUCGUGGCCUUAGCGCCAGCUGAGCUAAAUUGAAACUCUUGAAAUACAAGUCACCUGACAUUGUUUUGUGUACCGAAAACAGACAAAUAUAUAUUUUAGUCUACAUGACUAAUUCCUCGCAACAUUUAUCUGGUACCCAAUUUUUCUUAAUUAGCCAUUCCGAAGUUGAUGAGAGGACUGGGGACGAGUGUUAAAAAGUGCCCAAAUUAAGAAAUGAACCAAAUAACUAAAAAGACCACCUCAAAAUUAGUAAGUAUACAAAGUUUCAAGACGUUUACAUGAAUACCCUUCGAAUAAUAAGCUUUCGAAAAUCGUGAAAUUACUGAUUAAAAGAUUGUUUUGGGGACGCGCGUCCCCAAAACAAAAAUUACAAUACAUUUCAUAGUGAAUACCACACUUUUCGAAAGCUUAUUAUUCUAUGGAUAUUCAUGUAAACGUCUUCAAACUUUGUAUACUUACUAAUGUUGAGGUGGUCUUUUUAGUGAUUUGUCACAUUUCUUAAUUUGGGCACUUUUUAACACUCGUCCCCAGUCCACUCAUCAACUUCGGAAUGGCUAAUUAAGCAAAGUUUUGAAGUUGAAUAAUCUUUUCUAUAUGUAAUAGUUACGUUUUUAGCUGAUCUAAAUUGUGAAAUUGCUGGUUAAACGUAAUUGCGACACCCUGCUGGUAUCAAUGUUGUUGUAAAUGGUACUAAUGCGUGUAGUUACUAAGGUGCUCUGGAAAUCAAUAUAAUUCACUCAAGGAUGUAUUAAUAUAAUAUAGCAUGCUAGAAACUAAAAACAAACUUGUCAAAGUAAAGAAAAUGUUAGCGAAAUUUAAUAAUAAUUUAUCCAAUUUAUUUCUGUUGAUCUUUUUGCAACAUAUUUUUGCUAAUUAGAAUAAGACAUACGAGACAAGACAACAAUAGAAUUCAACAGCCCGUAUCAAAUAUCGUCUUUGUGUCAGGGAAUAUUCAACAUAUUUGUUGGAAUAAGAUCUUAAACGAUUACCUAAUCUCUAAAUUGAAACAAGCUAGAGCACAUCUCUGCUUCUGUGUACAAAGUUUGGUUCAUUUUGUUUGCGAGAAAUAAUUUGUAGUGUAUUUUACCAAUGUGUUGAGCGAUUCGUUUACAAAUAUGUACAUAACAUGAUGCCUGUUUGCUCGACGCCGCUUUCUCAUUAAGCUUGCUUCUACCUUACUCGUUCGUACACGGAAGAGAACAAGACCAUUAUUGUGUGAUGACUGAGGACAACCGAAAGGCUCUUUUAGCGUUUCGAAAUGAACCAAAGGCAAAGAAUAACGUGUGUGCUGACUGCGAGACCGAAGGUAAGUACUACAAUAACAUGCCAAUAUUUUAUGCCAAUAUUUCGAGUUUGUUCCAACGUAUUCCGGUCGAAACUAACAAUCUAUUUUCCCAACGCUUCCGGGUCUAGAACCAGAGUGGGCAUCAACUAAUCUGGGGAUAUUUAUAUGUAUAAAAUGCAGCGGGUAUCAUAGAUGUCUUGGUACUUCAUAUUCUGUCGUUAAAAGCUUGAUACUUGACUCAUGGACAGACGACAAAUUGAAGGCAAGUGGCUUUGUAGUUGUAGCUGACUUUGUACUUUGCUACUUCGCUGAUCGCAUGACCAAUAAAAUAUACUUGAUUCACAUUAUUGGCGAGUUGUAUUAGGCGCUAUGGUGCAGUAGAUGGUGGUCAAUCUUCAGCCUAUCACAGUGAGAAACUAAUGUUAACUCCCCCCACUAAUAAGUGUUGUGGUAAUCUUGUAUUUGGUUUUGCACUUUUGUUCGCAUUAAAAGUCGACAUUCCUGAAAUUGACCACCAUCUGUUGCUCAUUAAACGUAAACCAUACCUUAGAUGGUUUGUUAAAUGUUUUCUUCUUAAGUAAUAUGUGUGAACACUGAAAGUGCACAACAAAUGAAACGCCUACAUGUUUAGGAACACCUCGAACACAGCAGCGUAUAUAAUACUUUAAUAUUGCUUUGUUUGAGCCUCACCUUAAUAUGAGAAAAAAGCGACGUGCUGUGAUUUUGAUGAUUAAUAAUUUGUAAAAUGUUACUUUGUAAUAAAAAUUCCAUUGCUAACAUCAAUUACGAAAAAAAUAUGAGGAAAUAAUUUAAGUGUGAGUUCCUGGUUGCACGAAAAAUGUAGCCCGAAAUUCAAACUUGUGCAGAUGUGGUGAGUGGCCGAUUGAAAUUCAGACUUUAUGAAAUGGUGAUGUUAUAAGUGAAUGGUACUUGUGUGACAGACACAGGAUAAAUAAUACUGUGACCCAUUUAGGGCUUUUAGUUCCCACAACAAUUACGGACAGUGGAAUGUAAAUUGCCAUUUUGUUGCUUGACUUCCUGUAAAGGUUAGAAACACCUAGACCUUUCAAGUGCCGAGGCUUUUCUUAGGAGCUUUACGUGCUGAUCAGUGUGAAAUACGUAUAUUUAUAUUGUAUUAUUAUUGAGAUACUAUUUAGUUCUUGGUGUAGAACCUUUGCUUAACCAAACCUCAAAAGUGUUUUUAAUCUUGUUCCGUUCAUACCCCCACACGGUAGCGUAUUAUAGAAGCUACCUACACUGUGGGCGUCCAUGUGUCCACCUAGCAACACAAAUAUGUGAUUUCCUUGAUUGAUUGAUGUUUGUAUUGCAGAGCAUGAAAGACAAAGGAAAUGAACUGUCCAAUAAAAUUUGGGAGAAACAAGUUCCUGUAUGCUACAAACGACCUGACAAAGACUCUCCACAGUAAGUGAACCAUGUCUAGUUGAUUGCCAGCUUUCCACAACAGAAAUAUAUUUCUUACCUUCAUAAUCCUUUGCAACUGUUAUGAUUAUCUAAGAAUUGGUAUAGGAUUAAAGCCUAGAUUAGGGAUUAGCGUGGAUUAACAUUACAAGAUUAGUCUUUGGAUUAGUUUUGUUUAGGAGCUAGAUAUUAGGAUUGAGUUUAGGGGUCGGAUGUGCGUUAGGUUUAUAAUUUUAUUGCCUAAACCAAGACAAAAAUAGACCUUUCCCCUUUUGAGUGAAAUUUUGAUCUAGACAAGUCUGGACAAAAAUUUCAUCACAGCUUGAAAGAGCAUCACAAAAUUAGUAAUAUUCCGAAGUUUCGUUGCGAAUUGUUGUAAAAUGCGGAUAAUAUAGCCUUGCGAAGUUUGCCGUUUUUCAGUCAUUUUGCAUUACAAACGGGAAAUUGAUAAUUAGAUGAUCAAACUGAUCAAUUUUGUGGUGCUCUUUCAAGCUGUGAUGAAAUUUUUGUCCAGACUUGUCUAGAUCAAAAUUUCACUCAAAAGGGGAAAGAUCUAUUGCCAAAAUCCCAUCUUUAUUUCAUUAACCUGCAUGAACCUGAAACCUGCAAUACACAACAAUACACCCUUGUGUAUGUGAAUUAAAGCCUAACGUCGCGAUCACGAAAGCGAGGCUCUAUAGCCAAAGUGACAUACUUUCCAGAAGCGUGUAUUUAGACCAUCCAAUUCUUUCCUUUAGUGUUCUCAGAGAGCAAUGGAUCAGAUCGAAAUACGAAAGAAUGGAAUUUAUAGAGGGAGCACCAGCGCCUUCCUAUUGUUCUGGUACGUUUUGUUGCCAGAGGAUUCUUUUUUCAUCCGAGCUUGUGUGUAUGGGUGUGUUUGUCUGUUUACAUGUGUGUUUGAAACACACACAGAGCGUGUCUGUUGACACAAUAACUUUAAAAAUAUCAAACGUAUUAAUACAAAACUUUGUGGCACAAACGGACAUUUCCCAAGGACAAACUGAUUAAACUUUUGUUAAAUUUGGAUGAUAAAUUAGGCCAAAAAAAAAUAUGUGGGUUUCCGGUUUCCCGAUCCUACCUACCUUUUGGACGUCGAAAUCCCGACCCUAAACUUUUUUAUUGGAUCAUGCUUGUAAGUGUUUCCACUUAGAGGAAAAACUUUGUGGAAAAUUGAAAUUUGAAGCAGUAUUAGGGAAAUUUAUCUUUGGAUGUGGAAGCACUGACUAAACAAAAUGCGGGCGUCCGGUUGUUCGGAAAAUUAAAAAAAAAGUUUUAAAAAAGUUAAAACCGACCUACCCUACGUAAGUUUUUAUAAGAAGAAACCGGAAACCCACAUAUUUUUUUUUUGGCCUUAACAAAAGUGUGUCUUGCUUUGCCAGACAGAGUAAAUUUUACUGAACGUGUAAUGGGAAAUUCCAGCUAUACUAUAGACUAAAUUUUGAUCUAGGCAAGAAGAACAAAAUCCAUCACCACCGAGCUAGAAAGAGCAUGUUAAAAUGAGUGAAAUUGCAAAGUUUGGUUGCGAAAUGUUGUAAAUGAGGAAAAUAUAACCCUGUGAAGUUCGCAAAUUUUGUAUAUAUAGCUAAUAUAUUGUAUUACGCGCGGUAAAGAAUAACCACUUUCGGCUCAAAAAUGGUUAUUUUUCACGCGCGUAAUACAAAUCUAUACAAAAUUUGCGAACUUCGCAGGGCUAUAUUUUCCUCAUUUUACAACAUUUCGCAACCAAACUUUGCAAUUUCACUCAUUUUAAUAUGCUCUUUCUAGCUGUGGUGAUGGAUUUUGUUCUUCUUGCCUAGAUCAAAAUUUAGUCUAUAGCUGGAAUUGCCUAUUAGCUCAUUGCAUAAUUUCUGCAUGUUUCAUGGUGGUAUGCCGAUUGCCUUCUAGUUUAACUAUGGUUAAUGCUUGUUCCAUUUCUCUCGGUCACUGAAGUUCGAAAUUGUUUAUUAUUAUUAUUAUUCAACCUUUAUACCGGUUGAACUUGUUAUAUUUAUAUACUGGGAUCAUUCAAGGACGUGUUAAAUGUUACUUGAUUAUAAUUUUUCUUUUCAGGCACAAAGGAAGGAAUGGUCUGGAAAAGGGAGAAAGAUUCAAAUAAUUGGAAUCAAAGAAGAUGUGUUCUCUCCGCCAAUUGUUUUGAAUACUACAUAAAGCCAACGGUAAAUAUGUCUGCGUCUAGGAUCUUCCCGACAAAGCAAGAUGAAUGAUAUAUCGAUGAGAAUGUUUUGUCAGUUAUGUUUUGUUGUAUUGUUUAUAAUCCUGUAUGUGUAUAAUGUAUAUAUAGGGUAGGACUUAAUUUUCGACUAAAGCAGUCCUGUUCGGCUCUGGUACGUAUACGGCAAUCAUAUAAUUGACUAUUUGCGUAAUAGACUAAAUUUUGAUCUAAACAAGUCUAGACAAAAAUUCAUCACAGCUUGAAAGAGCAUCACAAAAUUAGUAAUAUUCCAAAGUUUCGUUGCGAAAUGUUGUAAAAUGCGGAUAAUAUAGCCUUGCGAAGUUUGCAAUUUUCAGUCAUUUUAGAUUACAAACGGGAAAUUGACAGCCUCAAAGGGUAUUGGGCUGUCAAUGGGAGUUUGUAAUCUAAAAUGACUGAAAAUUGCAAACUUCGCAAGGCUAUAUUAUCCGCAUUUUACAACAUUUCGCAACGAAACUUUGGAAUAUUACUAAUUUUGUGAUGCUCUUUCAAGCUGUGAUGAAAUUUUUGUCUAGAUCAAAAUUUAGUCUAUACGCAAGACAAGUGGUCAAUUGAUUGUAAAGCUGAUGAGUUUCUUGAUUCUCAUUUAUAUCUUGUAAAGUCUGUAUAAAUGCGUUUUCAGUCGAUGGGAUUUCGAUCUAACCAGGAGCAGUUGCGAGAAAUCGAACUUUUGGCCCUCUGGCGGGAAUCGAACCUACGGUCCUACGAUUCCGGUGCAGCGCCCUAACCACUGAGCUAAGUUGUCGUAUAAAAUUCCGUCGACUAAAAACCAUAGAUCUCUUAUAUACACUAGUUAGAUAGUGCAUCUAAUUAUUCUGCAAUUCAAAAUUUGAAGCCGCGAUUGCAGUCUCAGGUCGUUCCCAUGAAUUGAGAAGGUUCGUAUGUUUUCUAUUUCUUAAACAGGGAACUUAAACAUUAAGUUAACCCUAUUCCAAAUACGUUUUUAAACUAUUCAGAUGAUGAAAGUUAUUGCUGUUUUUAAGCGUUUAUUAGCAAGUGGGAACGACCAACAUGGCCGCCAUCUAUUCAAAUGGGGGUAACCGCUGGAAUAUGCUUGGCUUCAAUUUUGCUAAAUGAGAUGCACUAUCUAGUGUAUAUAAGAUAUCUAUGCUAAAAACCCAUCUACAUUCAAGUUAUAUCGAACGAAGUGCCCAAAAUCUUGAUUUCUAUCUUGUGUUUUAGGAUUCAGAGCCCAAAGAUCGCUGGCUGCUAAAUAAAAUCAAUGCAAUAUUUGCGGAUGAAAAAACUGAGCGACACAACUGCCUGCAAAUUAUGAAUACUAUCGAUGGAAAGACACGGAAUUUGUUCAUCUCUACCGACACUGGAAAAGUAUGUUGUAGUUCAUGGUUGCUGCUUCUUAGCCUUCCUAGAUAAGUAGCUUCCUAGAUAAGUAGCUUCCUGGAUAAGUAGCGCCUUUUUUCGAAAUUUUUCUAGGAAAUCGUUGAAUGGUACAUGGCAAUCCGCUACGCCAAACUUAAAUGGACGAAGAAGAACAACCCAGAGGCAGAUGAGAAGGAGGUCUUGUACAUUAUUUUGCUCCGAAAAUUUUGACAGAUGUAAAACUAUAGAGGGCACUCUGCACACCUAUCGUGCCGACAAACGCACACACACACAUACAAAUCUAGGUCAUGACCUCCCGGCGGAAGUAACAAUCAAGUUACAAAAGCAAUUAGGCCAAAUAAAAAAAAUAUGUGGGUUUCCGGUUUCCCGACCCUACCUAGCUUUUGGACGUCGAAAUCCCGACACUAAACUUAUUUAUUGGAUCACGCUUGUAAGUGUUUCCACUUAGAGCAAAACGUUUGUGGAAAAUGAAAAUUUGAGGCAAUAUUAGGGAAAUUUAUGUUUGGAUGUGGAAGCACUGACUAAACAAAAUGGCGUUCGGUUGUUAUCAGUGGUUGUUAUCUGUUAUCAAUGGUUGUUAUAUUAGGAAAAUUAAAAAAAAGUUUAAAAACAAAAGUUAAAACCGACCUACCCUACCUAAGUUUUUACAAGAGGAAACCGGAAACCCACAUAUUUUUUUUUGGCCUUACUGAAUAAUAUUUGUAUUCUUGUGUUCAGUUGGUGAAACAAACAACGAGGGACUUUAUUCACGAAGGAAAAAUCUGGAAGCGCGGGCCUCGGGUAAGAUACUAUGGCCAUGUUUCACAUCCUAAUAAACGACUCUUGAAUUUACCGAAAUGAUUCAAUUGAGAAUUUUUAUAGGAGAGCAAGGCGUGGAAAGAACGUUGGUUGACUUUGGACGGCAGAAGAGUCAUGUACGCCAAGGAACCAACGGUAUGGUUGUUUCAUCGAACCUGCAUUCAAGAUGGUGACAGCUAUUCUUGCUACCAGGAUUGUCGUUAAUAGGGCUCAGACUGCCUCCUCCGCUCUCGUUGCGUCAUGGGAAGGUUAUACACAAUCUGGCAAGGGCCUGCGGAAUUGUGUAAAAAAAUGGCGCCGGUGUCACGUCAGCAAAUAAAUUAAUACAUAAUCUUGAAUAUAAACUGGAUAUAAAUAAGCGGCGUAGUGAGCCUCCCGAAAUCGUGACCUUCCCAUGACGCAACGAGGGCCUGCGAAGGUGGCAAGGGCUCAGGGGUCACUGGAGUGUGCACAUGUUAAUUGUCAGUUGAUUUUAGGUAUCUCACUCGAUGAGCUGUAGCCUGCGAACAGGCUCUCAAGCUGAAUUGAGAGCCUGCAUCGAUGACUAAUGAAUUUGAAUAUCUGCCCCGUAACGUUCGUUUUUCCAAAUAUGGAAUGUAUAUCCUUAUAUGGUGUUGUUGACAACUUUCGUGCAAACUAAAUUUAGACCGUGCAAACUAAAUUUAGACCGUGCAAACUAAAUUUAGACCGUACAGUUUAUACUGUUUUUCGAAAUAUAAGAUAUUCAAGCAAAAGUUCAAAUGUUUUAAAUACUGUUUUCUCAAAACAGAACAUUUCGGUGCUUUGAGAUAAGAUGGUCAAGACCAAUUUGAUCAGUUAAUGUGUUUUUUAUGCAUAGUGCUUCAGCAGUUGACAUAUAUAGAGCUCAGCGGAAACAUAUAAAUUAUAGCAUCUGACCAAUGAGAAUUUCGCGUCACGAUUUGAGACGCAGAUAUUCAAAUUCAUUAGUCAUCGAUGCAGGCUCUCAAUUCAGCUUGAGAGCCUGUUCGCAGGCUAGAUGAGCUGUUGUAGGAUUUUGUAGAUGGAAUUUUCGAGUAUAUUUAUACAUGAACUUGUGGUUAGAGCUCGACAAUUGGACUGUGUAGCUCAGGUGGUUAGAGCAUUUAACACUGCACCGGAAUCGCAGGGCCGCUGGUUCGAUUCCUGCCAGGGACAUACAGUUGCAUUUUUCGCAACCGCUCCUGGUUAGGUCUAAAUGCAGGGCUCAAAAUAACGGGAGAUAGGUCUCCCGUCAAAAUCUGUUUUUGACCGGUCAUUGAUACGCUUACACUAACAGUGAAACAAACUAUUAGAAACUUGUUUUGAUACAUCAUAGUUUCACGUUUUAAUUCAAUUCGUCGGCAAUCACAUUAGAAGGGAUGAAAAUGUGGCCGAUUAAAAUGACCGGUGAGGUAAAAAAGUGACCGAUCAAGAGGCACUUUUGGCCGGUCAUUGUCCGUUGACCGGCCGUUAUUUUGAGCCCUGAAAUGUAUAAAAUUUACACUAAAACUUUCCAUUUACAAUCCCUUCAGCAUUAACCCAUUCAGACCCUCAGAAUUAACGGUUGAAUUGUGUACACAAGAGUUCCGUGUUGAUGUGGACUGCUUGAGCGUCCCUAAGUUGUCUUUACUUUCUCUGUUCAAGGAUGCGUACGCCAAAGGAGAAAUAGUCCUGGGUACGAAGGCUGAGGGUUAUGACGUCACGGCUGGUUGUACCGAGCGACAACCACCUAACGGUUAUGGCUUCGAGAUCACCACUCCACUUCGGAAAUAUGAGCUCAGUGCCGCAUCCGAGGAGGAACGGGACGAGUGGAUAAAAGUUUUAAAUGACGUCAUUUCUGUGUCAUUGAGUGCGGUCGAUAGGGAUGGUAAGUCACUGAUCUAUAUAUAUAUUAUCUAUUUAUGCUACAUUCCUAAGAGUAUUAAUAAGAUUCUCAGUGCGCUGAAAUAAUUUUUUCUCUGUUAAAAUACCAGCCGUUCCGCACGUUGUAACCAUGCAAUAAUCUAUUGUAGUUGUAAAGCCAUUGUAUGCAAUAAAGUAUUGGGUUGUAAUCGGUUUACAAUUCAAUAACCCUAAUCCAAACCCUAAUCUAAACUUGAUGACCUUCUUAUAAUAAAGUUUCUAAUCUAAUCUAUAGCUAUCACAUUGAAUGAAGAAAUUGCCAAAAGAAAAGAUCAAUCACGAUCUCUACCAAGAAAAUUAUCUAUCAAAGCUGGUUUCAACUAA